AAAAACAAGUUGAAUUCAAUUCAAUUUAAAACAAUAGCGGAAAAAAGUGGAAAAGUCGAAAUAAAUUGAUCAAGACACCUACCUACCUACCUACCUAGGUAAUUAUCUACUCCUUUUAUCCCUUCAGACCAAUCAAUAUCAACCGUUGGACUGUUGGUAUUAUAGGCAUGGCUCGUGAGAGCGUUUCAACAUCCACCACCAUCCCCAAGGAUGUCAUAAUUGUCGGCGGCUCCCUAUCCGCUCUCAUGCAGGGCCUCGUCCUCGAAAGGUUCACCACAGAUAAGCCUCCAUCUCAUAUGGCAGGUGUAUGUCUGGGUCCUGAUGUGCUGCGUCUUCUAGGCCGAUACGAUCGCGCGGCCACUAUCCCUCUAGGAAUCCGAGCAGAACUCCUUCAGUCGGUAGACAGGGAAGGCAGACGUAGGCCAUUUCUUCAUAUUCAUCGGAUUAUGUCGUCCUGGGAUGCGCUUUACUUCCGUUUGCGAGCGAACUUUGAUGGCCUAGCCACGGAGUACAUUCCCAGCCCCCCUGGCCCGAGGCCAUUGGAAGGUGAAAGUAUCGCCAGUGCCAAGGCGAGAGCAAGGUACCAAGUUGGUCAGGAGGUCGUCGAUAUCCGGCCAGCAUCCGAGGGACGAGUAUCCGUGUCAAUCGUCGACGUCUCCGGUGAAGUGGGCAAGCGAGAACUGGCGGCAGAUCUUGUCUUGGGAGCAGAUGGCCCUAACUCAGUUGUACGCAAAGUCUUUGUACCCCCAGGUCUAGCAGACCGACGGUAUGCGAACUAUGUGGCUUGGAGAGGGGUAGUACCGGAGCUCCAGGCGAGCAAGGAAACACGGGAGAUUUUCAGUAAAAAUAUCACGUACUUCGUAUUAAAGGCCGAAGGAGCACAUGCCAUUGUGUAUAACAUUCCUGGCGACGCAGGUUCGGUUGCUACUGGUCAGCGUCUUCUGAAUUUUUGUUUGUAUCUUAACGUGGCCCCGGGCUGCCUCGACGAGAUCAUGACCGAUAGCGCAGGGGUGCGACAUCAGAUAUCAGGCCCACCCAACAAGGUACACCCAGAGGUUUGGGCGCAGCAGAAGGCUUCCGCACGUCGAGUCCUCCCUGCCCCAUACGUGGAAAUAAUGGACAAGAUUGCCUCUCCGUUUGUGCAUUUGAUCACAGACUACUGUUCUCCUCGCGCAUCGUUUUUAGAGGGCAAGGUGCUUCUUGUUGGAGAUGCCUCGGCAUUGCUUCGACCGCACAUUGCAUUUUCCACUAAUCAGGCUGCCUAUCAGGCUCUUCUAACAGAGCGCUUGGUAAAGGGUGAGCUGGAUGUAGCCGAGUGGGAAUAUCAGGUAACGGCAGCCACGUAUCUCCAUUGGAAACGGAGCGUAUGGUUCGGCCAAUUCUUCCAACAGCCGUUGGCCGUGGCAUUGAUCAGUGCAGUGCAAUAUUGGGCGGUCGCAGCGCUCAACCGGCUUAGAACGUGGGCUGGUUGGCUGUCGGGACAGGCUGUUUAAGAUAUGCAAAUAAUUUGGGACUACCUAAUAAGUAAUAACAGGGCUGAAUUCUGACCUUGGGCUGGGGGUAGGGGUAAUUAUAAAUAAAGUUGACAUCAGUGUUGUUUUUU